AUGGCGUCCGAAACGGAAAGUCCCAUCCCGGCGUGCCCACCGCUACCGGAAACGGCGGGUAAUCGCACGGCAUACCGGAAGAUGUCGAAAGGGCGUGAAGUCGACGGUGGGGAGCUUACCGGUGACCAGCGUUUACAGUGCCGGACGGAAACGGGCCCGGUCGAGGGUGCACCGGAAAGUUUGAAGUACGCGAAGUAUAACGUAACCGGCCCAACGGGACCGUUGGCCGGGGAGUGUAAUGGGGUGGGAACGGUGGCAGUAGCAGUGACCGGUAGUGUCUCGGUAACGCUCGAAGAGAUCCUCAAAACGUUCAACGCGCCCAUCUCGGAGGAUCAAGCUUGGGCGCUGAUCUAUCAGACGUCCCGGAUGUAUAAGGCUCGCCUGCAGGAGUCUGGCAGUCGAUUGCGUGACCUACGGUUACCCUUACAUCCACACCAGCUGCACGUCCAGAAGGAUGGCGGCUGCAUCGUGACGGCAAGAGCGGAUAAGGAGCUGUGCAUUCCAUCGACCCAGAAAAAGAUACUGCUCAAACUUGGCAUUGUCGUGUACCGGGCACUCGAUUACAACCUGCCCACUAGCGAAGACUGUCAGAUCUCGCACGAGCUAGAGGAGCUGAUCGACUUCAUGACAUCCGAAGAUAACGAUGACGAAGGUAUCGAGCGUGACUCGGAAGAAGUUGAAGAGGACCUGGUGACGGUCGACAGUGACGGUGACUGCCCCGGCAACGGUUCGUUAGGCGGUGUGAUCACGAACCUGGAGGUAGUGAGCGUAGCCACCAACGGUUGCGGUGGCGGUGAGCGAAAGCAUCUCGAAACCAAAGAACUGGAUCACGUGCUAGAGUAUUGCUCAUCGCGUGUAUCACCCUCGAAGCCGGAAGAUCACUAUCGGGCCGUUUGCCGGGCGCUCGUAACGGAAACGCUCGAACUGCGAACAUUUCUGCAACGGGUAUGCCAAGGUGAGGCGGAGGUCCUACGGUUAAAGGCCCAGGCAGAAACGACCGGCAAGGAGCUCGAGAAGAUCCACUUCAACGACUGGUCGGACGAUCAAAGAAUCUGGCAAGCACUGCAAGCCCGCUUUUGGAUGCAGGUCGUAGAUGAGCUACGGCGCGGUGUACGGCUGAAAAAGAUCAACUUCUCGCGAGCACCGAUCGAGUACGAACUGACGCCCUAUGAAAUCCUGAUGGAGGAUAUCCGCUCCAGAAAGUACAAUCUCCGCAAGGUUAUGGUGAAUGGUGACAUUCCGCCGCGGGUCAAGAAGGACGCACAUGCGGUCAUAUUGGAGUUCAUCCGAUCGAGGCCACCGUUACGAAAGGCAUCGGAAAGAAAGUUGGCUCCUGCACCGCUAAAGCGUGUAUCCUGCCCUCGGGAGCAGCUGCUAGAUUCGAUCCGGAAAGGACGUGUGCUGAAGCCGGUUCAUCCGAAGCUGAAGUCAAGACAUUGUGACUCACCGGACGGUGACCCAUGCGUCGAUGCGGUCCGGGAUCUGGCGUACUGUCCGGUGGACAAUCCGGCCACGGUACCGAUGGCACCAUCACCACGCAAGCCACCGACACCGGCUAAACACCGGAGCAACAGUAUGACCGGGGGUAAUGCUGGCCUACCGCCGAUCAAUCGGGUACCGAAGGCGGCACCACGAGCGACCCAGCAACCGCCAACACCAAAACCAAGAUCAGUUUUACCUACCACAACCCAAGUAGAUAGCGUAAAGAAAUCGUGCGAUGAUGAAAUCGACACCAGCGGCGCCCGCAGCCUCGACGGUGUCAGCGGCAGCAACGGCAGCAAUGGUAGCGGUAACACUGCCAGCUUCCACCACGGUUCCAGCUACAUCGGCACCAGCCACAAAACGAUGACGCUGGGUCGUUCGAGUUUUUCGCACACCAGCGGUACACCCCGUAACACCCUAAGACUGAUACCAGUAGACUUCUCGCUGUUCAACGAUGAUGACUUCAUUGAUGAUGCAGCGAACGAUGGCGCAGAUUCUGGCACGUGCAGCAGUGCCACCAGUGGGCAGCGAGGCCAGCAGCAGAACGGUGGCCACCGGAUAGCGUACGGUGGCGUUGGGGGAAAGCGCAGCAGUACCGACGAUCGUGGAAGCACCAACGACAGCAACAGUACAAACCGUCUGAUGAUCGUCAACAACGAGAACAAUCAGAACAACAUCAACACCGUGCUGCGACGGACAAAGAACAUCAUCACCCACGACGAGUAUCAUCGGUUCUGUGAUAAGGCUCUCGAAACCUACGAUCUUGCAACACAGUGCGAAUCACGACGAGCAUCCAUGCGCCGGCACACCAUCAUCGGAUGCAAUCAAAACUACAAACUCGACCCGCUGGCAAGUCACUCGGUGCCACCGUCGCGUCCCGCCUCCCGGCAAUCCGAUCGCGAUACGGUGAAAAAUGAGACCGGCCAACCGGCAACACUAUCCGCCACCAACGGUGGAAAUGGUGGGCCACCGAGGGAAAAACCUUCCGCCGUGGUGAUGCCACACGUCGUGAACGGAACGCGUCCCGCACCGAUCGGAAGUGUGGCCACGGGUAACGGUAGCACCAACACCACCACCACCACCACCAUCGAGUACGUCAGCGCCACCAACCUGGCAUCGUUGGACACCUGGACCAAAAAUUCGCUCGACGAGCACCAGUGGAAGGAUGCGUUCAAUCUGAACGAUCGCCUGUCACUGACGCUGGAGGAAAUCGUACAUAUCCGCUCGGUGAUGACGAAGGCCGAGCUCGAAGGGCUGCCGGUGGAUGUGCACAUCAAGGAGGACGUGGAGAAGCGGAAGGUUUGCUUCCUGUGCUUACGCACCCGUUUCACCCUGUUCGCACGAGGCAUCCUAUGCAAGCUCUGCCAGCGGACCGUCUGCAACAAAUGCAAUACGAAGAUGCGAAUACCUACCGAACAUUUCCGCAAUGUUCCCGUGGUGCUGCUGUCACCUUCGCUCAUGAACAGCCCGUGCACAUCCAACACACCGUCGCCGAGCCAUCAUGCGCACGGUACCGGCUCGGGGCCACCCAGCAUGGUGGACGAAUCUUUCCCAAGAUCCCUGAUGGAGCGUCUGUUACGGCCUGAGUUAGAUCGAAAGACUCGAAAUACGGUUGGAAGUGCUCCGUCUUCACCAAAGAAUCAACGUUCCGCCUCCAGCACACCGGGCACCAGCCUGCACGGCACCGAAACCCUGUCCCUAUCGCUGUCGCAUCACGUUACCGGUGCGAGCAACACCACCAAAGACGUCACUGCACCGGCGAACGGUAUAUCCACCACCUCCGCAUCGGUUACCAGCGCUGCGCACAAGUGUUCGCUCAUGUCCCGCAGCAUGGAGGGCCCCAACAGUCUUCCACCACAGAGCCCGGCACGGCCACACUCCAACUGCAGUACGCUGGAUAGAAAGAAUCGUUUCGCCAAAGCAUUCACGCUGACGGCGUCCGGUGCUGGCCAGGGCGGUGUGCUCGAUCCGCAGAAGGAACGGCUCACCGGUGAGCUGAUGGCCGUCUGCAAUGACUGUCGCAGUCUGGUGCUGGAAAUCAUUCGUUCCUCGCGACAAACCCGAACAACGGCCCGGAAUCAGGUGCUGCGCCAUCUGACGCUCGAUAUCUCGCCGGUGUACAAGUAA